AGCAAUAAUCGGGUACUAUCGGGGAAGUGCCGAGAGUAGUGCACGGCGUAAAGUGGAGAUUGCACAUUGGUGAGAAGGCGUCAUCUUUCUCCGCUCGCGGACGUCUUCGGUGUCUUUAACUCUUCUCAUAAUACAAACGGCAAUUCUUACUUACAGUUUAUUCUGCAAUUGGAAAAGAAAACGAUCAAAAUUCAUUGUAAAAAUCACGCCUUUAACUCUGUACCAUGUCUCAGCUCAAAAUUGCCGUGCUGGAUGACUACCAAAAGCUUUCUGUCAGUCUCUUUGACAAACUGCGGCCUUCCGGGUUCACCGUCACCGUUUUCACCGAUACACUACUUCCUUACAACCACCCAAACACACCCCAGGAAGCAAAGGAUGCCUUAGUAAAGCGCCUUGAGUCAUUCGAUAUUAUUUCUUCCAUGAGAGAGCGUACGCCGUUCCCCGCCGAACUAGUCAAUCGCCUUCCUAAUUUAAAGCUUCUCCUCACAACUGGAGAACGUAACGCAUCUAUUGAUGUAAAGGCAUGUUUGGCUCGCAACAUACCAGUAGCUGGCACUACCGGAGAGAAGAAGAAUCCAGAUAGUACUACACAGCACUGCGUUGCUCUGAUACUUGCCCUUGCGAGGAAUAUUCCACAAGAUGACGCCUCCAUGAAGACAGGAGGUUGGCAACCUAACUUCGCUACAGGACUGGCAGGGAAAGUAUUUGGCACAGUAGGGCUUGGCAGAUUGGGUGUUACGGUCUCUAGGAUCAUGAACCUAGCCUUUGGAAUGAAGGUGGUGGCUUGGAGUACAAACCUUACCCAGGAAGCAGCCGACGAGAAAGCCAAAGCGGCUGGCUUGCCUAUCGAGGACGAGAAUGGAGUGAAGACUUUCAAGGUCGUCAGCCGAGAUGAACUGUUCGCCUCUGCAGACGUUGUGAGUGUUCAGCUUGUGCUGUCAGACCGAUCGAGGGGAUUGAUCACGGCGAACGAUUUAGGGAAAUUGAAAAAGUCGGCUCUAUUUGUGAACACUGCUCGAGGGCCAAUUGUGGUGGAGAAUGACCUACUCGAAGUAGCUAAAAAAGGGUCAAUACGUGGCGUGGGAUUAGAUGUGUAUGAGAUCGAGCCAUUGCCGACAAGCAGUGAGUGGAGGACUACAAGAUGGGGGGAGGACGGCAGAAGUCAGGUCGUGUUGACACCGCAUACAGGAUAUGUCCAAGAAGACAACAUUGUUAACAUGUACGCAAAGCAAGUUGAGAACAUACUACGAUGGCAAAAGGGGGAGGCUAUGGCGACUAUCUUUAGUGAUACUGGAUAUUGAUGAGCUGCUUGGAGACAAGUAAGAAAAAGAGGGGGGAGGCUGAUGAGAAGGAUGAUAACCUUAGAAAGGCGAAAAGGGUAAAAAGGGUGAGAAGGUUAAGAGGGGUGAGAGGAUGUGAACCUGGUUGAUCAGGCGGAAAGCACAAGAGCUCAGUCACUUUAGGUAGGCACGAGGAUAGAUGGAUACCUCCAUACCUGCAGCAAUAGUUGAUUCCUGAGGAAGCACCUACCUACCUACCUACCUACCUACUUACCUACCUCCCUAGGGCACUUGAUUGAUAGGUAUUCUAAUUCUUUAAUCGCAAUUGUUUUUCAUUUCUUCUUUUUCACGCCUCUUGAUUCUACACAUUUCAUUUAAAAAAAUCCGGCACCAGACAUUCAAUCACUCACAA